AUGCGUAAAUGCAAAAUCUUUGUUGGUAACUCUCAUCCAGAACUAGGCCAACUCAUCUGCCAAAGACUAGGCACCCAACCUGCUUCAUGUACCCUUAAAAAGUUUUCUAAUGGCGAAACUUCUGUUCAAAUUGGUGUUUCGGUUCGUGAUGAAGACGUCUAUAUCAUCCAAUCCGGCUCAAAUCAAAUUAAUGACCAUAUAAUGGAACUACUAAUCCUUAUCAACGCCUGCAAAGGUGGCUCUGCCAACAAAAUCACUGCUGUUAUUCCUCAGUUUCCCUAUGCAAAACAAUCAAAAAUGAAAAAACAUCGAGGUGCAAUAACUGCAAGAAUGUUCGCCAAUCUUCUCAUCAUGGCCGGUGCUGACCAUGUUGUCUCCAUGGAUUUACAUGCUGGCCAAAUGCAAGGCUUUUUCUCAAAACCUGUUGAUAACCUCUAUGGUGCUCCAACUUUAGCUAGAUGGAUAAAACAAAACAUCGACGACUUCCAAAAUGCUGUCGUUGUAUCCAAAAACCCAGGUGGCACCAAAAGAGUCACUGCCUUAGCUGAUAGCUUGAAAAUUAGAUUUGCAAUGAUUCACACAGACAGAAGAAGAUCCCAAGAUAUCUACUUGCAAAAACAAAAACAAUUGGAAUUGAAAAAAAAAAAAUUGCUAGAGAAAAAAAGAAGACAAUCUUCCGAAAUCGAUGGUGACCAACAAGAAUACGAUAACAUAAUCCUAACAAACGAACUACAAACCGCUAGAGUCAUCCAAGGCCAUGUCGUCGACGAUGAUUAUCCAUCCAUCGAAAACUCAGACACAGAAUCAAACUACACCUCAAUCUCCCAACCUUCUUCCUUACUAUUGGAUCAAAACAACCAAGGUAGCUAUGCUCUUGGUGGUACCGUUGAUGCUUCUAUGAACUCAGAUGACGAUGAUGAUGAAGCUAUAAACAUCAAACAAGAAAAACUAAUUACUCUUGUCGGCGAUGUAUCCAAUAGAGUAGCAAUCCUACUAGACGACAUGAUCGAUAAGCCAACUUCCUUUAUCGCUGCUGCUGAACAUCUUAGAAUGAAUUGUGGUGCUAAAAAAUGUUACGUUGUAGCAACUCACGGAAUUUUUUUGGAUGAUUGCCUACCAAAAUUGGAAAGUUGUAAAUACAUCGAUAGAGUCGUUGUUACAAAUACUUAUCCAAUUUCUUUAGAACAAAGAGCUAAAAACAAAAAACUCACUGUUAUUGAUGUUAGUGCCAUCUUUGCUGAAUGUAUUAGAAGAGACCAUUAUGGUGAAAGUAUUAGUGUUUUAUUUGACAGUUUAGUUGCUUUAUAAUACACUCCUACUUUUUUUCUCUCUCUUUAAACUUUAAUUUUAAUUUUAAUUUUCUAAAACUUUUUUACGCUUAUUGUCUGUUUUUUCUAUUCAUUUUCUUAAAAAUAUCAUCCAGUUUUCCUUCAAUUUUCCCUAAAUU